UCACCCACCAGUUUUAUUCCUGGAAUUCCAUGACGAGCUGGUUUGCUCCUUAUCACAGCCGCACAAGCUUCUCAAUAACUCCCACGUCUCACCUUUCUCUGUUUUCCAAUAUUGAUAUGGAUUCAAGCGCUAAUGAAAUAACCCAUGAUUUUCCACCCUUCUUCAAAGUUUACAAGGAUGGUCGAAUACAUAGGUACAUGAGCAUGGUCCAUGUUCCUGCAGGCCCAGACCCCGAAACAGGGGUACAAUCUAAAGAUGUUGUUGUCUCGAUUGAGACUGGUGUCAAGGCUCGUAUCUUCAUCCCCAAGCUCCACAACCCAGAUCGAAAAUUGCCCCUCGUCGUCCACUACCAUGGUGGAGGUUUCUGCAUCGGAUCACCAUUUGAUGUUGUGACCAAAAACUUUCUUACUUCUUUGGUUUCUCAGGCUAAUGUCAUUGCCAUUUCAAUCGACUAUAGGUUAGCACCAGAGCACCCUCUACCAAUUGGAUAUGACGAUUCAUGGGUCGGCCUCCAAUGGAUUGCUAGUCACUCCAACGGUCUAGGGCCCGAACCAUGGCUCAACAAGCAUAUGGAUUUUGGGCGGGUUUUUUUCGUAGGGGAGAGUGCUGGGGCAAAUAUAGCCCACUAUGUUGCAGUCCAAGCUGGUGCUAUUGGAUUGGCUGGUUUAGACAUAACUGGCGUACUAAUUGUGCAUCCAUUCUUCGGGGGCAAGGAGGAAGAUAAAAUGUACAAGUACAUGUGUCCAACAAGUUCCGGGUGUGAUGGUGAUCCGAAAUUGAAUCCGGCAAUGGAUCCGAAUUUAUCAAAACUAGCGUGCGAUAAAGUGUUGGUGUGUGUGGCAGAGAAAGAUUGGCUGAGAAUCAGGGGAGAAAAUUAUUAUAGAAUUUUGGGGAACAGCGGGUGGGGUGGGAAAGUGGAGUUUUAUGAAACAAAAGGUGAGGAACAUUGCUUUCACUUGUUCACAACCAGCAGUGAGAGGGAUGUAUUGAUCAAGAAAUUUGUUGAUUUUAUGAUCCAGGACUAGCUUGUUAUGAUAUGGAUAUUAGUUUAUAACUUGCUAUUUUAAUUUUCAAUAUAAUAAAGUUCUGCUCUGGUCAGUGUCUUUAUAAGAA